AUGAAGCGUAACGUCUUUGAUUAUGAGUCUUCAGAUGAAGAAGAGCCUGAGGUUAAGAAAACAAAGAAGUUGGUGAUCAGACCAGAAAUGGGUUCGAAAACGGAAUCCUUAGGUUCAAAUCUUCCUUUCCAAAAAGAUAAAUCUAACUUUGAGAGGGAUUGUGAAGAUUUUAGUUCAGAGUCAGAUGUAGACUACAUGAGUAUGGAGCUACGAGAUGAACUCGGUUCGAGGCCAUCGGGACCGCCGAAAAAGGCAUCUGUCAAUAUACCAAUGACCAACUCGAUUGGGUUGAAGAUGAUGGAGAGAAUGGGCUUCAAAUUGGGCGACACUUUGGGUGCUCGAAAUUCAGCCAUCACAGAGCCUAUAGCGAUCAAAGUCAAGAUGGACCGGAAAGGUAUUGGAGCUACGAGAAUGCCGGAUUCAGUGGCAUAUCAGCAUGACGAAUAUCGACUGACUGCAAAGGAUAGGCAUGUUGAGGCGAAAAACAAGAAGUACUUGGUGCAACUACAGAGGUUUUGUUUUCAUGAAAGUGGAGAUGAUGUUUCUAUUUCGGAAGGAAUGGACGUGGAGGAGGUGAACCUGUUGUGGCGGAAGUGUGCACGAGAGAUGCUAGCCAGCACAGAGGGUCGCAAGUUGCUCUUUGGAGAAAAGCAGGUGGAUCUUGAAGCGGAAAGUAAAGGGUGUCAUGAAAGAGGAGUUCAAGCUACUCAUCAAGGUUCCAAUCAUCAAGAGAGACGAAGAGAUCAGGCACAGCGAAAAGACCAAGUGGAACUUGUCAAAGAAGACGAACAAGCACAUCAAGAUGAACAUUGUGUGACUGACAGUAAAGAACUGGAUACUCCGUUAUCGGAAUCUCUCUUCAAUUCCCUCUCCAUCACAGAACAACUUCACAGACUUAUAUCAUACACCCGUGAUACCUUCUUCUACUGCCCGUAUUGCAGUGUUCAAUACAAGAACAAGGAAGAUAUGCAAAAUGGGUGUCCCGGUCCAUAUGAGAAUGACCACGCAGAGUUGCUAUGA